AUGACAUUUAAACCAAUCACCAAACAAAAAAAAGAAAAAGAUAAACAGUACUCGGAUACACAGAGAAAAGGGAAUAAUAUGGACAAUGGAGAAUUAAACUUUGAUUCUUCACCAGCAGCUACUGACCAAGUAGGUGACGAAGAUUUCUUUAAUUCCUUUUCAACUUCUCAACAAGAACAACAACAACCAGCAACAGCAGCAGUACCACAAGAGGUAGCUCCUCCUAUUGUUGCACAAGAACAAGAUGUUGUUGUUGUUGACGAACAACCAAAACAAGAGGAACCAGUAGUAGUAGUACAAGAACAACCACUUGCACCUCCUCCACAACAACAAGAAGAACAACCAAUAUUAACCGAUAGUAAUAAUGUUCAAGAAGCAACGAUUCAAAAGAUUCAAGAGGAUGAUGUAUCAUCUCAAGCAUCAUUGUCAUUAUCUUCAUUAUCAUUGAAUACUGCUGCCCAAACCAAUUCAACCAAUGGUGAGACUAUUAUUCAAGAACCAGCAGCUGUUGUCGUUCAUGAUGAUGAUGUACCAGAAACAAAUGGAAAACAAGAAGAGCAAGUAAAUCAACAACAACAACAAAGAGAAGAAGAGGAAGAAGAUGAAUUUUCAUUCUUUAACAACAAAUCUUCAAAAAAGAAUGUAACAAUAGAAGAACCACAACAACCAGAACAACCUAUAAUUGAUAACAGUAAUAAUACCAUAAUUGAAAACAAACAAGAAGAUGAUUUCUUUUCCAAUUUAUCAAAUAAUAGGACCACGACCACUGAGGAAAACAUUAUCGAGCCUACUCCUACUUCACCUCCCGUUGACUUUUACAACAUUGCAAACAACGACAAUAAUAAUUCCAAUGUGAAUGAUAUGAGCAACCAUUUUGACAAUGGUAGUCAAUCGGACCAAUUUUUCGAUACCAUCAGUUCAACUUCACAGGAAUCAUCACCACCAUCUGUUGAUACAGUGAUAGAGCAAUCACAACAACCUUUGGUUGUUGAACAAACAACAGUCGCCCCAACAACAACAUCCACCCCAACCUAUGCAUCGAUUGUUCAACAACAAUUGCAUCAAGAACCAGUUGUCGAACCAGUUGCAGUUGCCGAGCCAGUUGCAGUUCAAGAGGAAAAAGAUGUAUCAUCAUUAUUUGGUGGUGGAGACGAACAAGUUUCACAAGAUUCACCAUUCUCUGAACAAUCAUUCACCUCUGCUUCUUCACUUCCAAUUGUUCAACAACCUGAGCCAGUUCAACAAGUUCAACAAGUUCAACAAGUUCAACCAGUUCAACAACAAGAAAAAGACAUGUCAUCACUCUUUGGUAGUGGCGAGCCAUCAAAGGACAUUUCAUCAUUUUUCGGGAGCAAUGAGACUGUUGAUACUUUUGGAAACGAUCCAUUUGGUGGUGGCCAGUCUGAUGACUUUUUCUCGACAUUGAGCAAGCAACAACAAGAGCAAGAACAAAGAGAAAGAGAACACCAAGAACAAUUGAGAAAGCAACAAGAGCAGUUAAAACAACAACAAGAGUACGCUAAACAACAAGAAUUAUUACAACAACAACAACAACAAUUACAACAACAGCAACUAUUACAACAACAACAGGCAGCAGCAGCAGCUGCACAACAACAACAACAGACAGUUGCACCAGUUGCUUCACAACAACAACAACCAGUUGCUACACAACAACAACUCCAACAACAAUAUCAAGAAUAUUAUACCCAAUAUUGUCAAUAUUACCAAUACUAUAGCGCAAAUGGACAACAGAUUCCACAACAAAUCCAAGAUUAUUAUAACCAAAUAUUCCAACAAUAUGCAUACUAUCAACAAACAGCUCAAACACAAGCACCAGCUGCCGCCGUGCCUGUUGCUCAACCAGUUGUUCAACCAGUUGCUCAACCAGUUACCCAACAACCAUAUCAAGCAUCAUCACCAGUUGCAUCGGUUACUGCUGCUCCUCCAGUUCAACCAGCUCAACAACAAACUUCCCCAGAACCAGUUGUUGUUCAGCCAUAUCAAACAUCAUUGCCAGUUGCAGUUCCAUCGGUGGUUCGACCAGCUCAACAACAAUAUCAAGCAUCACCAGUUUCAUCAUAUCAAACUUCAUCACCAGUUUCAUCUGUUACUGCUGUACCACCAACCCAACCGUACCAAACCUCUUCACCAGUUCAACCAGCAGCAACUCAACAACAAUCAUAUCAAACAUCAUCACCAGUUGUUACUCAAGGUUUCCAAACAUCUUCACCAGUUGCAUCACCAUACCAUACUACAUCACCAACACCAGUAGCAUCAGCAGUUCAACAACAACCAUACCAAACCACAUCACCAGUUGCUGUUCCUGUCCAAGCACCAGUGGUUCAACCAGAUCAUUCAUCAUCAUCAUCAUCGUUUACAAAGUCAUCAAUAUAUAAUACUAGUAAUCCAAAUGAUUCGAUCAAUAGUGCAGGUGGUUUACCAAGUUCAGUUUCAUCAAAUGGUUCAGGUUCCUCUGGAUCUCUUCAACAACAACCUUUUAUUCCACUUUCACAAUCUGGAGGAUCAAUUCACUAUCAACAACAACAACCACAACAAUUACAACAUUCAAGAAAUAAUUCAUCAAGUGAUCAAUUUUCAAGUAUGUUAAAGACACAAGCCAAUCAACCAUAUUCAACUUCGGCACCUCAAUCUAUUCCACAACAACAUCAACAACAAACAUCAGCCUACCAACAACCAUAUGCAAAUUCACCAUCAUCACCAUAUUCUCAAUCAGCAUAUCAACAACCAUAUGGCAACUCACCAUACAAUAAUAACCAUAAUAUGCCAAUCAUGUCAAAUGAUCCAUCAAACCCAUCUGUUCAACGUAACUUGUCAGUUCCUGAUUUUGGUAAUCAAUAUCAACAACAAGUAGCAGGACAAUCAUUCUAUCAACAACAACAACAAGGAGCAGGCCCAUAUUCUCAACAACAACCAUACCAAAAUCAAUACAACAUGUAUGAUCAACAACAACAACAAGGACAAAUUCAUCAACAUCAAAGAUCAACAUCAUGGAAUGGUAGUGAUGCACAUCAAAGAGGUGUACCAUUUUAUUCACGUCGUCAUCCAGUUUUUGCAUUUGGUUUUGGUGGAAAGAUUGCUAUACUCAAAUCAAAUACAACUAGUGGUGUUGAAAACUCUAUUCAAAUCACUGGUAUAAAGUCGAUUAUUGGUCAAUCUACAUUUUACAACAAUGUAUCUACAUUCCCAGGCCCUCUGUCCAACAGUUCAAAGGAUCAAGUAAACAAGUGGAUUUCAGAGCGAGUUGGUGACAUUGCACAAGGUCGUAUGGACCCAUUGUGCUCUAGUGACGCUGAAGCUAGUCAUAUUCUUUGGGAGGUAUUAAAGGUGAUGAAUAAUAACCAUGGACAGAUCAUUGACGGUGAAAAGAAUGUUGACAAGGCCAUUCUCGGUCUAUUACUUGACAACAAGUCCAAUAUGACUAAAUUCCAAAUUGCCCCAGCCAAAAACGAACAAGAGAUGCAAAUAUUGUUAAAUGAACUUCAAAGAAUGUUGAUUCAUGGUGAUUUACAAGGUGCACAUCGCUUUACAAUCGAUAAUCAAUUGUGGUCACAUGCUCUUGCUAUUGCUCACUACUUGGGUGCAGAGGUGUAUGGUCGUACAUUAUCAAUUGUCACCAAUGCCUCUUUCCCAGUUGGUUCACCUAUAAAGACAGUCUAUAGUCUCUUUUCAAACAAUACUCGUGAAUUAUUCAAGGAUUUGACCACUGGCAAUAGUGGAAAUAAUUCAGUAUUCCUCGAUUCAUGGAAAGAAAACAUUGCAUCAUUGCUUUUCAACAGAGGUAAUGGUCAAAAGGUGAUUGGAGAGAUUGGUGAUCAUAUCUGGGCCAUCCAAAAGAGAGCCGAAGCUGCCCACGUAUGUUAUCUCUUGGCAGACUAUCAAUUUGGAACAUUGGAUAAUCCAAAUUCAAGAAUUGUACUUUUAGGUGGUGACCACAAAAUUACCAAACACUAUAUCACAUCAGAAUCGCUCCAACGUUCGGAAAUUUAUGAAUUCUCCAAAUCUCUUGGUAAUUCUCAAUAUUCUUUACCAAUCAUUUUGGUUUAUAAAUUUAUUUAUGCUACUUUAUUAUGUGAUCUUGGUUUAAUUGAAUCUGCUUCAAAAUAUUUACAUUCAAUUAAACAAUCAUUAAAAAAUCAUCAAAUCACAAAUCCCAAUUUCAUUUAUCAAUUGGAUACUUUUUCUGAAAGAUUAGUAAAUUAUUCUUCUUCAAACAAAUUACAAUCAAGUGGAUCAUGGUUACCAAAUUUAUUAUCAUUUAAAGGAUUUGGAUUUACUUCAAAGAAAUCAAAUACUGCACCAACUCCAGUCAAUGUUGGUAAUAUUAGUGGUGGAGUACAACAGACAAUGUCAACAUCUUCAUCAAACAUGUCAAAUCUACUUGUACAACAACCACCACCAACUACAACCACAUCAAUGCCAAUUGCAACCUCUCAGGUACCUGUACCAUCAAAGAUUAAUAAUAGUAAAUUUGAUGAUGAUGAAGAAGAUUUAUAUAGUUCAUUCUCUACAAACAAAAAGGUACCAGCUAAAAAUACUUCUGCGACGGCUACAGCUGCUUCCAACAAUAAUAGUGAUUUAAUGAAUAAUGAUGAUUUGGCCAAAUCAGGUUCGGCAUCAUCUACUGCCGAUCCAAAAUCAGGUGACAAGGAAAAAGACGAGAAAGCAUCUGGUUCUGGAUUCUGGGGAUUCUUUAAAAAGAAAUCAGGAACAGGAGGUGGAAAACAAAUGUUGUUGGAAGAUGAAAACAAAUUUGUCUACAAUGAAGAAUUGGGAACUUGGCUUGAAAAGGGUAAACCACUUCCACAAAAGGAAGCACCACUCGCUCCACCACCUAUCGAUCCACCUCAAUUGCACCACGGCACACCAGGUACCAGUAGUCCACCAGCUGGCCUUACUUCACCUCCUUCUGCUGGUGGCGAGGCUAUGAGCGGUAUCAACAAGUACAGCCUUUCCUCUCCAACUGCUGGAGGUAUGGUAGGUGGCAAGAGAAGACCAAGAUAUCUCGAUACUAUGAAUCAAACUAUUCAUGGUGGUGUCACAUCGACAGCAGCACCUGGAGGAGGACCAUCACUCUCACAUUCCAACAGUGGAAUGUCUGCAACCAUGCCAACAUUUGAGGCAUCUGCCCCCAUGCCAAUUGCACCAUCCACUCCUAACCAAGGUAAUUCAUACAUGAUGGCUUCUUCACCUUCUCCAUUUGCAAUGACCCCUUCCCAACCAAUGACCCCCUCCAUGCCAAUGACUCCUUCAAUGCCUACUUCUAUGAAUCCAGUUAUGCCAUCUUAUGACAAUAUUAAUCAAGGUCCUCCUCAAUAA